CAUUCCAGCAUACUCCGAAACACCCAAGUCUUCUCCAAUUGAUUCGAACAUUAUCUGCAACAUAUUCCAGCAAACCCUACCAUACACCUCCAACAUGACUUCCACAGCGAGACAUGAGUCUGAUUCCAAGGACGCUUCCGCUCUAUCUAAGCCUUUGAAGUUCGAAUUCUCCGGGCGGACAGCUCCCAAUCGCUUCCUCAAAGCAGCCAUGACCGAACGCAUGUCUAGUUGGGAUCCUGAAGUCCUUGAGGCCCGUGGCAUACCAUCUAAGGACCUUAUCAACCUAUACAGCAAGUGGGGUGAAGGAGAAAUUGGCCUCAUUAUCUCUGGCAACAUUUUGAUCGAGUAUGAUCACCUUGAAGCAACUGGUAACGCCAUUGUUGCCCCCAAUUCUGAGUUCUCUGGUGAACGCUUCGAGUCGUUCAAAAAAGUAGCAUCAGCAGCCAAGAAGAACGGAUCCUUGUUCGUUGGUCAGCUCAAUCACCCAGGACGACAAGUGAACUCACGGCUCCAGAAGAACCCUAUCUCUGCCAGCGAUAUUCAGCUCGAAGGCAACAUUCUGGGGACAACUUUCGAGAAACCACGCGCUGCAAGCAGCGAAGAUAUUUCUAGGAUUGUUGAGGGCUUUGCCUUUGCAGCAGAGUACCUCGACAAGGCUGGAUAUGAUGGCAUUGAGCUUAACGCAGCUCAUGGAUACCUCCUUGCUCAGUUUCUCUCUCUAACUACUAACCACCGUACUGACAAGUAUGGUGGCACAAUUCAGAACCGCACUCGCAUUAUUGUUGAGAUUGCCAGUUCUAUUCGGAAGCGCGUGUCAGCCAACUUCAUUGUUGGCAUCAAGCUAAACUCAGUGGAGUUCCAGUCUAAGGGCUUAAAUCCAGAAGAGGCUGUAGAGAUCUGCAAGAUUCUUGAGGAGAACAUGUUUGAUUUUGUUGAACUCACUGGCGGCACAUAUGAGAAGCUUGCGUUCCAGCACCAACGCGAGUCAACCAAGAACCGCGAGGGGUUCUUCCUUGAGUUUGCAGAGCUCAUUGCUCCCGCUCUAUCCAAAACAAAGGCUUACGUUACUGGCGGCUUCAAGUCAGUUGGCGCCAUGGUCAAGGCCCUCGAUGCCCUCGAUGGUGUGGGUCUUGCCCGUCCAUUAGCACAGGAGCCUGAUCUUUGCAAGAACAUCCUCGAGGGAAAAGUCACAGGUGCUAUCAAGCAACUUGCCGAUGACUUUGCCCUCACCAACAUUACUGCUGGCGCUCAGUUGCGCCAGAUAAGCAUGGGCGUUGAGCCUAUCGACCUUAGUCGCCAGGAAAAUCUUGAUGCGCUCAUUGAAACCAUAGGUGCAUGGGCCAAAGAGGUGGCGAAUGACAGCAGGAUGCUCAUGCAUGGAUACCCAGAGGUUACAACCGCACGUGCAUAGCCGUAUAAGACCGCGCUGAUGGAGCUGCACCUCGGCUGAGCGCGCUGCAGGGAUCUGGGUGCUGGCUGUCCAGGGCUUAUGUGGGGACUGUGGGGGAUCAGAGACGGUGGUUGCAUGUGAGCCGCAUUCACAAAUAAACCUUCAAAACACUGAAAAACAGGCAAUGGUAACAAAGGCAGGCCCGGAAGCAUUGACGUAGGGAUGCAGAGCAGCGGCGCUGGGUUGGGCGUUGGGAGUCUUGCGGCUUCGUGUUGGGUUUGGGCGUUAGGGGUGGCAGUGGCACGUUGCGGAUCCCGGGCCUCUUGGGCUUCUGGGGAGGAUUGUGGGGAUUUGGAUGUGUCUGUAGUUGUGCUGAGCGGA